CCCACGCUCCAUUAUUUAGUUAGCUCGUGUUGCUCAAGAUCUUCUCAAAAAAAAAGAAAAAAAGCUCGUGUUCCUCAUGAAAAUAUAGUACGUCAGCGACACCAAGCCUCUGUUUUGUUAUACUCCAUCGGCCCAUUGCGAGCAGAUAGAAAUGGCAGCGGCGGCUGACGGCGCCGGUGCGGGCGGGCUGGAGGUGGUGGUCUUCCCGUGGCUGGCGUUUGGGCACAUGAUCCCUUUCCUGGAGCUCUCCAAGCGCCUCGCCGCAAGGGGCCACGCCGUCGCCUUCGUGUCAACGCCGCGGAACCUCGCCAGGCUGCCGCCCGUGCCGGCGCACCUGUCUGCCCGCAUCCGCUUCGUGGCGCUGCCGCUGCCGGCAGUGGAGGGCUUGCCGGAGGGCGCCGAGGCCACGUCUGACCUGCCACCCGACAAGGUCGAGCUGCUCAAGAAGGCCAUGGACGGCCUCGCCGGCCCGCUCGCGUCCCUCCUCGCGGACGCCGUCGCCGCCGGCAGGAGGCCUGACUGGAUCAUCCUUGACUUCUGCCACCACUGGGUCCCGCCCAUCGCCGACCAGCACAAGGUGCCAUGCGCCGCGCUCCUCUUCUUCCAUGCCGCCAGCAUGGCCUUUAUCGGGCCGCGGUGGGCGAACGACGCGCACCCGCGCACGAAGCCAGAGGACUUCACCGUGCCACCCAAGUGGAUCCCCUUCCCGUCCACCACCGUCUUCCUCCACCAUGAGGCCCGGCGGAUGCUCGCGGACAACUUCGGUGAGAACGCGUCAGGCAGGUCGGACACUGACCGUUUGUGGGACGUGUUCGAGCGUUGCCGCCUCACCAUCCACCGGAGCUGUCGCGAGCUGGAGCCUGGAAUGUUCACCCUCCUCUCUGAACUCUUGCGGAAGCCCGCCGUCCCUGCCGGUAUCCUGCUGCCGGGGGCGACCGACGACCGUGACGAAGACGACUGGCAGAGCAGCUCAGGUGGCGUCCUGCGUUGGCUCGACGACCAGCCUCCCAAGUCAGUCGUCUACGUCGCUCUGGGAAGCGAGGCGCCACUGACACUAGAGAACAUCCAUGAACUCGCGCUCGGACUAGAGCUCGCCGGAGUGCGCUUCCUUUGGGCGCUACGCAGGCCGGCCGACACCAACAACAAGCAGGAGCUGUUGCCGGCCGGGUUCGAGGAGCGGACGCGGGCGCGAGGUUUGGUCUGCACAGGGUGGGUGCCGCAGGUGAAGGUGCUCGCUCACGGCGCCACGGCCGCGUUCCUGACGCACUGUGGCUGGGGCUCCACCAUCGAGAGCUUCGCCUUCGGGCUUCCGCUGGUCAUGCUGCCUUUCCUCACCGACACGCCUAUGAUCGCGCGGGCCAUGGCGGAGAGAGGAAUCGGCGUGCAGGUGGCGAGGGACGAGAGCGACGGCUCUUUUGACAAGCACGGCGUCGCCGAGGCGGUGCGACGCGUCAUGGUGGACGGCCAAGGGAAGGAGGUGUUCGCGACCAACGCCAAGAAGUUGAAGGAGCUUGUGGUGGACGAGGGGCGCCAGGAGCAGUACAUCCACGAGCUCGAAGAGCACCUGAGACGCUACAAAGAAGCCCGGAGCAGUACAUCGACGAGUUGAUUUGAUCUCGUUUAUCUUAUCGUUGGAUCGAUGAUUUUUUUGUUCUGAUAAAGGGCAAUCGAUGAAGUUGAUACUACUCCCUCCGUUUCUUUUUAAUCUGCUUAUAAGAUUUGAUCAAAGUCCAACUUUGUAG